CUUCUGCAGCAAGUGCGAAUGGAAUACAAAAGAAAAAUGUUGUUUGCGAAUGUUGGUAAACAAAGAAGGAGCCCACUGCCAACUGCUGCCGCCACCUUAUCUCAGCCCUUUCCGGAUUUUCCAACAGCUCCGGCUGCUCUGGCUGGCUGCCAGCUGGUUGUUUGAAUGGGCGGGAAUCCACAAUAAACCAGCACCGACCAGCAACCAGCACCCAGCACCAGGAAUUGCGAGGAAGUGACGAAGGCAUCUGGAGCAGCAGCAAAAGCAGCAGAAGCAGUAGCAAAAACCCAAAACUAUUUGCACUCAACAGCGGCAACAAAUGUUGCUGCGGUGUUGCCUUGUGCUACUUACGGCUGCCAUUUGAUGGCGAUGUCGAUGUCGAUGUCGAUGUUGAUGUUUUUGCCCCGGCAUCCUCGCCAGGUUUCCAAAGUAUUCCUCCUCGCCGAGCUGA